AUGGCCCACCCAGGUGGCUCUGGCGCAGGCGCGGGUCCCAUCGUGGGCAGUGCGCCUGGCCCGUCGACAGCAACCGCAAACUCCUUGGGCGCGGGUCCGAACGCCAGCGGCUACUUUAACCAGCCGUACUUGCAAGCUGCACAGGCGCAACCACACUCGUACGCCGCGCCGUCCCACAUGCCCGCCCGCUCGCCCUACACCGACAGCCAGAACUUUAUGCCCUCCACCCAACACGCGCUGUCCCCCGACGACAACCAGACCUACCAGAACACCUUGGCCAACGCGCAGGCCGCCGCUCCCCAGGCGACGCCCGCAUCGCAAACCCACCACAUUCCCUCCUCGACCCUCGCAACCGGCGGCCGCGACUCGCCCGCCCAACAACAGCAACAGCAUUUCUACAGCGCCAGCAACGCCAUCGAAGGCGCCAGCGACAUUGGCGGUGCCAACGCCAACCACAACCACAGCACCAUGGCCGCGGUGAACGGCCGCUUCAACGAGAACUGGGAUGCGAGCCAGCGCGGCAGCUCCAUCUUGGACGGAGACGGCGGCGCGUUUAGCGACGGCGGCGGUAGCGGCGUCAGCGGCACCAGCACGCAGCUGCCCACCCGGUCCAACACGCUCAAGAAGAAGUCGUCUCUGCGUCGCGCGUCGAGCUUGCACCGCAGCAGCAGCCGUCGCAGCAUGAAGGCUGGCAGCGUGCGCAGCCUGGCCCUCCAGAGCCGCAGCGACGGCGACGAGUCCAACAGCGCCUUUUACUGCCCUGUCCCAACCAAGGGCAACCCGACCGAGGUGCUCGCCGGCCGCUUCCAAGCCUGGCGCAAGAUUCUCAAGGACCUCAUCUCCUACCACCGCGAGAUCCAGAACCACUACGAACAGCGCGCCAAGUCCGUGCAGAGACUGGCUACCACGCUCAAUGGCACGAUUCUCCCACCCGGUUUCAUGACGACCGGUGGCCUCGACGAUGCCUCGCAGACGCUGCGCAACUUCCACAAACAGGCGGUUGCCGAGGCCGUCAAGGCGCGCGACGUUGAGGAGGACGUCAUCCUCGCGCUCACGGGCCUGCGCACUGACCUGAGCCAGAAGAUCAAGGAGAUCAAGAACAUCUCGGGUGACUUUCGCAACAACGUCGACAAAGAGAUGGACGCCACCAAGAAGGCCGUCAAGAACCUCCAGGACAACCUGGGCCAGGCCGAGCUCGACUCGUCCGUGACGACCGGCCGCCAGGACCCGUACCUGUUGCGCCUUCUGGCCGAUCGCCAGUUGGAGCGCCAGAUCCAGGAAGAGAACUACCUGCACCAAGCCUUCCUCAAUCUGGAAAAGUCGGGCCGCGAGCUCGAGUCCAUUGUCGUGGGCGAGAUUCAAAAGUCCUACAACGCCUAUGUGGGCAUCCUGCGCCGCGAGGCCGACGCCACUUGGAACACCACCGAGGAGCUGCGCGAGGGGCCCAUUGCCAUGCCCAAGGACCAGGAGUGGUUGACAUUCAUCCGCGGCAGCGACCAGUUCAUCGGCCCGGACAUUCCCAUCCGCUCCUUCCAGUUCCUUACCUACCCCGGCCAGAACCACUUUGCCUGCCAGGAGAUCCGCGCCGGUCUGCUGGAGCGCAAAAGCAAGUACCUCAAGAGCUACACCGCGGGGUGGUACGUGCUCUCGCCCACCCACCUGCACGAGUUCAAGUCUGCCGACAAGAUGCAGGCACCUGUCAUGUCCCUGUACCUCCCGGAGCAAAAGCUGGGCUCGCACUCCAACGAGGGCGCCUCGUCGAGCAAGUUUGUUUUGAAGGGCCGCCAGACCGGGGGGCUGCACCGCGGCCACACCUGGGUCUUCCGCGCCGAGAGCUUCGACACCAUGAUGGCCUGGUUCGACGACCUGUACGUAUUGACCGAAAAGACCCCACAGGAGCGGGAGAACUUUGCCCGUGGCCACCAGAUGCAACACACCCGCAGCAUCAGCCGCGCGUCCCAGCACACCUACAGCAGCGACGGUGUCGUCAACGAGGACGACGAUGAGCCCUUUGCAGUGAACUCGCCGGCGGCCAUGGCGGGAGCCGCAGCCGGUGCUAAAGCGGCCGAGGAUGCCACGGCCGGCCAAACCGCCGGCCCUGCCGAUCAACCGGGUAACAGUGCUGCUGGCAUUGGCGCACCCCCUGCGCAGGCGUCCGUGGUGGACCAGACCGAUCCUGGCAUCAUUGGUGGCACUGCGAACGAGAUACAGACCCCGGCUACGGGUGUCUCCUCCCAGUAUCGGUCCCAGUCAGCGGCGUCCUCCGGCCCCUCCCGCCGCCCAUCCCAGGGCGGUCGCUUUCCGUCGGACCUCCAGGUAAAUGCGCAGCGGGGCCUGGAGGUGCAAGCCGCCGGUAUUCCAGUCUCACCCACCAGCGCCGGUGGUUCGGGCUCGCAGCGCGGCUCCGCCACCGCUGCCGACUCCACCUAUGGCCACCUGGGCCCCUCUGAUACGGCGGCGACGGCGGGUGUCCCUGCCGUCUCCCUCGCGCCGGGCUCCGACUACGGCGUGAUCGCUGCGGCAGGCCAGGUCCCGGGCAGUCAACAGCACGACAUGGCGCCGGACAACUAUGACAACAACUACAAUAGCAAUUACGGUGCGUAUGGUGUCACAGCCGGUGCGGGGGCUUUGGCGGGUGUUGGUGCCGCCUACGGUGCCGAGUCUGCCUACGAUGCCCCGCAGCAACAGCGCCAGCAGCAAGAGCAGCGAGAGUUUUUGGCGCAAAAGGAGCAGACCGAGCGCGAAUGGCAAGAACUGCGGGACCAGCAGGAGCAGCUCCGCCUGGACCAGCAGCGCCUGCGUGAGCAGCAAGAGCAGCAGCGCCACCAGCUGUUGUUGGUGCAGCAGCAGAAGCAGCAGCAGCAGCAGCAGCAGCAGCAGCGAUCUGUUCCAACAGAACGGCCAGCACAGCCGGCACAGCCGGCACAGUCGACACAGCCGGCAGCGGGCACAUCCCAGGCCGCCCUGGCGUCCCAAGCACAGCAGGCCCCCGCCACAGUGGCGCCCGUGAUUCCCAUGUUUGUCAAUAUCAACGAGAAGAGCGACAACAGCAAAGACAACACCAACAACGCUGUGACCUCGGCCGACCGCACCGCCACGGGCACCGCCACGGGAACGGGCAGCGGCAAGGCCUUUGACAGCAGCAGUGCCGUGCCGGGCGGUGUGGCAGGUGGUGUUCUUGGUGGUGCCGCUCUCGGCGCUACUGGUGACCACGGCUAUUCCACCGGCGUCGCCCGCGAGCAGCAGGUCUACCGGUCCAACUCACAGCAGGGGCAGCCAUCGGCCGAAUUCACCGCUGUUGGCAACGGCAGUGCUGAUCCGACCAAGUCGAUGAACGCAGGUGCACGGCCGUCGCUGGCCGAUCGAACGACCAGCAGCGGGACGACACUGUCGCACCUGCACGUUCCCGGCGAGUUCCCCAAGACAUCUACCGAGAGCCGUUGA